CUGGCAACACCGCAAAUAAUGGCGUCAUCGAAUGUCCGUCAAUGACCCAGCCCCCGUUACGUGCCGUAUGUGUGAUUUCCCUGUAUUAUUUACUUCUACAAUAGUUUGAAGUGUUUAUUUCGUAUACCUAGAAGUGAAAUAGCCACGGGAAGCACCAAACACUGGCAACACUGAUAUGCCCGAAGAAAAAAAACUCUGAGACUGCUCAAAUAGAUUCCCAAGUUGUGACAUCCUCAUCGCUGGUACAUCGAGAUGCAGACCAUCAAGUGUGUGGUAGUGGGGGAUGGGGCCGUCGGUAAGACGUGCCUGCUCAUCAGCUACACAACCAACAAGUUUCCCUCGGAGUAUGUCCCCACCGUCUUCGACAACUACGCCGUCACUGUCAUGAUUGGCGGGGAACCCUACACACUAGGCUUAUUUGAUACUGCAGGUCAGGAAGAUUAUGACAGGCUGAGGCCAUUGAGUUAUCCACAAACUGAUGUUUUCCUCGUCUGCUUCAGCGUAGUCAGCCCAAGCUCAUUUGAGAAUGUGAAGGAAAAGUGGGUGCCAGAAAUAACGCAUCAUCAGCAGAAGACUCCAUUCCUGCUGGUCGGCACCCAGAUAGACUUGAGGGACGACCCCGCCACCAUGGAGAAGCUUGCCAAGAUCAAGCAGAAGCCCGUCUCAUUGGAACAGGGGGAGAAACUGGCCAAAGAACUGAAGGCUGUGAAGUAUGUGGAGUGUUCAGCUUUAACGCAGAAAGGCUUGAAGAACGUGUUCGACGAGGCGAUCCUCGCGGCGCUGGAGCCUCCGGAGCCCGUCAAAAAGAGGAAAUGCGUGUUGUUCUAAUACCCACGCCCCUCACACACACACUAACUAUCCUGUAAUAUUCAACUUAUUUUUAUAACUUUGUAAUAACACCAAUAUGCCAUAUAUAAAAUAAAAUAUGAAUAUUACAGCCACAUUAUAAUAUAAAAUAAGUCUUAUGCUGCGAACAUUUAUAUGGUAUUUAGGACUUCACAAUUUUUCCAUUUAUUAAUUAAUAACUAAGGCAAUUUUAUACCUAGAUGUUAUGUAUGUCAUUAUAGCGAAUAAUGAAUUUUAUUUAUAAUUAAUUUACGUCAUUUGUACCUAUUAAUUUAUGAUAAACCAUGUACGCCUACCUACAAAUCCGACAUUUUGAUAAUAUAAUACUAUUCCUUAUUACGACUUAUAUUGAUUAGCUUAUACGUGAAGCAAGUGUGUGGACUAUGCAUUUUGUAGGUAGAGGCCAGGAUAUAAAAUGACGGGCGGGAAUCCUUAGACUCGAAACGACGGUAUUUUUUCGAUCGUCCAUGUCGUUCUAUGAUAAAUUUAUAAAUGAUUAACUUGUAUAAUUAUAUUUUUCACUAUCGAGAAAGUAUUUAAAUAUUUAAUUCUUCCCCAAUCUUUUUCGCUAGAAAUGAGCUUUGAAAUAUGGGCAAAGUAUUACUUUUAUAUAAUUGGGUCUAUUAUAUUGCAGACAUAAAGUUUACUUGCGCCUCGAGGGGUGAUUAAUGUUUUUAUUUUAUUUAUACGGACAAUAAAUACAGUUUGUAGUCAAUUUAAUAUUUUAUUUAGAAUGCGGUAUCAUCUCUCGAGGUGCAAGUAUUCCAAUUUUGCUGAAAGUAUGUACUAGGAACUAAUCUGUGACUGCCUCGCGAUUUCUCCAUAUAGCCUGCCGUGAUGCUGGGCAUUCAGUAAUGAGUACGCUUAACUGCCUGAUGACUGUCAGACUGCCACCAAUUCUAAAUACUUAAUGUGAAUAAUUAAUGUCGCAAAAUAUUGUAAUAAUGUAUGUGGUACAAAUAUCUAAAUUGCCCGUCUUCCAAGUGAUGUAACAUGUUUGUAUCUAUCACAGUAAGAAUAUUAUUGAUACAUACAGAUAUAAAAUAUGAAUAUAGCAAUAACUUGGUCGUACUUUUCCUUGACUUGCUCCCAACCAGAGGCUUUGACGAAUAUUUAAUAGUUUCUAGUACUGCGUUUAUGGAUUCAUUUACGAACUUACUAUGUAAUCAUUGUGUAAUAAACAUAACCAAUUAUUUACAUAGUAUCAUAAGAUAAUUUUCAAGUUGACAAACGAUGAACUGUGCAAGUAUGUGUAUGCUAUAUAUUGCUAUGCACAUAGGUAAUAGGGAGUUUCUGGUGAUUGCAAUCUGCAAAACAAUGUAUGCCUUAUAUAUUAUAUUAUGAAUACUCAAAAUAAGACUCUAUGGUGACUAUUAGAGAAUUGUUUGUCUAAUAACGUCGGGUCUAGUCUAACCACCUAUUUAAUCUAUACCUAUAUAUUCUAUUAUUUCCAUAAUUCAAUUUAACUCGUUUGUAUGGUAGUUGUCUUAUGAAUAAGGGAAUAGAUUUUUUAUAGUGCACUAAAUAAUUGCACAAUGUUUAGGUGCAAUAUACUUAUAUCGAAUAUAACAGUUGUAUUGGCGCUAAAUAUCGAUAACGCACUAAAAUACAUCUAUAAAGGUUGUAGCGAUUUUCGAACUAAACAGUUAGCUUAAAGUUCAAAUGCCAUCGAAGUUACAAUUUACCGGAUAAAGUAGCACAUUAUUAUAUUACAAAUUGACAGAUUUUUAUACAGUAUAUGACACAGCAAUAAUGAAUAUAUCACAUAUACUUUUUGUAACCAUUAUACAUACAUAUAUUAUGCCAGGUAUAAUUUCUGUUUUGUCACUUGUGUAAUAUUAUUUUUAUUGAUUGUAUUCUGUUUGUUACAUGUCAGUAAGUAGACUAGUUGUAUACUAAUUAAUAAAUCUAAGACCAAA